CUUGUUAACUACCUGUCAUGAAUUAACGGUGCUGGUUUGGCUUGUUAACUACCUGUCAUGAAUCAUCUUUGGUAUGUGAUCUACACUUAAUAUUGCGAUCUGUGUGUUAUGAAUCUUUUGUAUGCAAUGUACACUUUAUAUUGUGAUCUACAACAAGAAAGGUUGUACUCAUCAAGAACAAGGAAAACACUUGUUCUGGUUUGGAGAGAAAAUGUCUGGUUAGAGUCUGACGCAGGAGUGGAAUGUCUGUUGUAGCGUCGAAGUUCCAAGAAGAGACCGUGAGACACUUCACCCAGUCAUUCAGAGAGAAGUCGCUGAAGGCUCAGUAAUCCAUUCCAAUGACUCGCCAGCUUACUCUAAUUUAAACCAACUCAAAUUUCAUCAUUUUUCCGUAAAUCAUCAUCAAUAUUACGGCGAUUCUAACAUCGGAGGUCGUACUCAAGGAACUGAAAGAUCCUGGCUUGAUGCGAAGAUUCGUAUAUUGAAAAUAAUGUGAGGCAUCGAUCAAAGAACAUUUCAGUCACCGAGACUACUUGUGUUGGCGGAUGAUGACAAAACAAGCUCCUGACGUCUAUGUAGCAUGUUUAGCCCAUGUACUGUACGUGCUGCUCAUCGCUACAAUAUGAAGACAAGAAAAAAAUAAUUACAUUUUCUCUCUAUGCUAUAUAUCAUUCCAGAAUAAAUAUUUGUACAGUGUAGAUACUUUUCCUUGUAGAUAAUAAGCCAAAGUACGGUGAAGAUAUUUUUUUCCCUGUAGAUAACAAGCAUAGCACCGAAUAAACAAUAUAGCACCGAAUUAACAAUAGAGUGAAGCUGGCUUUGAAAGUAGAUAAGACAAGAUAGAACUUGUGAUAUUUUAACUUCAAAAGGCAUCAUAGAACAUAAAUACAUAAGGGGGCAGUUAGCAGGCAAAAAAUUAUGGUGAGCUAACAGCCGCCAAACUGUGAGUGGCGGGUCAUGACGAGCAGGUAGGUGGUCUUCCUGCAGCAGGCAUUGGCAUACGUCAAGGAGAGGCUGUCCACGUGGGAGCAGGUCUCCCACAGCAGGACAGUGCAGGCAGUAGUGUUGCAGGUUACUGGAGUCAGGAGAGUGGCACAGGGACAGGAGGUAUAAUGAAGCUCGUCUGCCAAGCCCGCAACCUGCCACAGGGGUCGGUAGCAGAGUCUUAGCCGCGCCGACACCACACUGUGUUUUCGGACCCACAGGCCCCGACGGCGGUGCUCAAAGCGAUGAUGACGAAAUGCAUCAUGGUGCUGAAUGGUGACGCUGGCCGCCCGCUGGUCAUCCGUCCUGAUGCUGGUCGAGAGUAGAGAAGCUGCUCGGAUCCUGGACUUGAGGCACUGGAGGGAGGGGCUGGGGCCAGCGUGAGGGGCAGGCAGUCCUCAUGCAGCUUUAGCCAGGCGAUCCACGGCGUCACCAUGAGACAGCGAGACACGUGAGGGAUCCACACAAACUUGAUAUCUAGUGACCAGUCAUGAGCCAGAGCCAGGCCUGUCAAGAUCCUGUUCACCAGGUGACGAGGGGCAGGGUUCGAAGAUGUAAGGGCAUGAAGGGCUGCCUGUGAGUCACAUAUAAUAACCCCGUUUAGGCUGCCCUGACAGAGGGGACACAGCAUCCAAGAUGCCGUGUAGCUCACAGAACGUGGAACUGGAGCGAGUCGGCAGCCGACGCCCAACCCAGCCCACUUCUGGUGGUUCCGUGCCAGGGGAGAAAACUGCACCUCCCGCUGUGCCGUCCAUCUGCACAGACAGACCCAUCCGUGUAUGUGGUGCGGCGAAUCGAUGGUGGAGACUGUCGCUAUGGCGUCCAUUGCUAGGUGUUUCUGCAGGACCGGAGAGAGAGAGAGAGAGAGAGAGAGAGAGAGGGCGGGGAUAAGAACAGGAUGGGGGCAGGGGGAGGGAGACGGGAGUGGGGAGAGAGAGAGAGGUGGCUGAGUGAUACACGUCCUGACUGUCCUGCAAAACUAUACCUGCCCGAAUGUCUACUUCGCUCCUGCUGACUUCCCUUUCACUCGUCUCUCCACACAGUCCCGGCACCACCACCACCAUCCACUCUCUUCCUGCCUCCACUCUGACAUCCCCCGUCCCCCCGUCCCCUCAGCAUUAUUCGGGCACUCAGGAGGUUUGUAAUGACAUCAGCGUUUUCAUCCAAGGGUUACGUUAUGUCUGGAUUAAUGCAGUUCAUUAAAUCCAUUGCUAAUCCCUUCAUUGUUUAGAUUGCGGAAUAAAAGAAAGUUUUUGCCCAGAAAUGAACAGUCGCUGUCUUAAGAUGAUCAGGUUGAGGUUAUUUCCACAAAACCCUAGAGGUGGCGUGACCAUUCUGACACAAGCUUGGCCGCGCGCGCGCACACACGCCUUGCCUGCACUGGACCGAGUCACUGCAAACUUCCGCUUUCAGAAACGCUUAGCUCUCUCAACACGACUGUUUUCCGAGGCCACAGAGAUGACUAGUCGGGUUCUCAAGAGUGUUUCUCCUGUUAACAAUGAAGAAAUCUUGUUGAUCUGUCUCUGGAACUCUAAAAACUCCUUUAAAAACGCUAUUUUCCACUAUUUUUCAAUGCCAGAGAUGAUUACCCUGGCUUUCUCCGGUUAACAAUGUAUAUAUCUUUUUUUUUAAUCUGCCACUAGAACUAAAACAUCUGUAAAACCCGUGUCACUUCAACUAAAUCCUGAUGAAUAUAACAGAGAUGGGGUUUCAGAACAAGGUGGCGUGCGUAUUAGUCCCUGGAGCCACGCCCGUUCCCACACCUCGAUGCUUCCCUGUCUUAUGUUUAGGCAAGAGUUGUACAGGUCCCGUGCUUGGCGUGGGCAAUGGGGAGUAUCGGCCCAGUGAAGCGAAGGUAUGUUAAAAAAACGCGCCAAAAGUUCGAAGCACGACUUGAUCCCCUGAGCAUUCCACCUCGUGUUUCGCGUCGUCCCGUCACUUGUCCUGGUGCUGCGAGUGCUGUGCGUGCCUCGGUGGUGCUGCGAGUGCUGUGCGUGCCUCGGUGGUGCUGCGUGCACCCACAUUGCCAUCAAGGCCCCAGGUGUGGACGAGGCCCUUUACUUUAACCAGAAAAGGUAUCACUCCCUCUCAACAUCCAACUUGUUUGUGAUGCGAAUGGAGUGAUCCUCAGCUACUGCUCCAGACUCCCAGGUGCCUGCACUCUUAUGGAGGUAGCUUGCAGUACAGACCCAUCAAGUGUGUGAAAAUAAUUAAUGCUUGCCUGCUCCUACACAACCACUGCAUCAAGUUCCUGAUGACCUACCAUCUCUUGAGGAUGAAGCAGUGCCCCAUGCUGGUGCCGACCCUGCUGUGCUGCAGAGGGGUCUACGUGCUCCAGGCAGAAUUGUGCAGCAAGAAAUCAUACAAAACUUCUUCCAGCAAUGAAAUUGUCAAAGUGCCUGGGACAUGUUUUGUACAGCCAGCCCCUGCUCCUGCUGCACCAUCACCAGCUCGCCCAUGCUCAGAUGAAUCUGCUGUUGGGUUUCCUGCGCUUGAGAGAGAACUUCCAAGUCUGAGUGGCCACCUGCAAUACAGUUUAGAAGCAAACACGACUUUACACCACAAGUUACAAAAUAAGUGGUAUUUUAGAUAUCGUCAUGCUAUCUUGUUGUGUCCCUUUACCUCAUUUGCUCCUUGGACCUUUCUGCUAUAGUGUACACAGGGUGGUGGUAUGACACACUCAUGGAAUCACCAAUUUAAAAAUAUAAUGGCCACCUGAGAGAA